GGCUUAUUUUUCUCCAAUAAAUUUUCUUAUCUUUAUUUUCUAUUUCCCGCACGGGUCUGGGGUUCGUCCUUCCCCUCCCCCUCUCUCUCCUCUCUCGAAUCGAAUAAGCCAAUAUUUUUUUGCCUGCAAUUGUGAACUUCAAAGUCUGCAAUGGCCUCCAAGAGGAUCCAGAAGGAACUUAAGGAUUUGCAGAAGGACCCUCCUGCUUCUUGCAGUGCUGGACCUGUUGGUGAGGAUAUGUUUCACUGGCAAGCUACCAUAAUGGGCCCGUCUGAAAGCCCUUUUUCGGGUGGUGUUUUUCUUGUGUCUAUUCAUUUCCCUCCAGAUUAUCCUUUCAAGCCCCCUAAGGUCUCCUUCAAAACCAAAGUUUUCCACCCAAACAUAAACAGCAAUGGUAGCAUUUGUCUUGAUAUCCUCAAAGAGCAGUGGAGUCCUGCACUUACUAUAUCUAAGGUACUGCUGUCUAUUUGCUCCUUGCUGACUGAUCCAAAUCCAGAUGAUCCUCUCGUACCUGAGAUCGCUCACAUGUACAAGACUGAUAGAGCGAAAUAUGAGACCACUGCUCGGUCCUGGACCCAGAAAUAUGCCAUGGGUUGAAUGCAUAUUGAGGAUGCAACAUUUUAUGCUAGUAGUAAAUAAAUAGGAAAAGAAAAAAAUCCCCAGAACUUUUGGGCUUUCUGUUUGUUUGUUCUCAAGGGAUUUGAAGUAUUGUCUUGAUUUGAACGUGUUUCUUCUAUUAUAGAGGUUUUAUCGAAUGUCAGAAUAUAAUUUACUAUAUUUUAUGUUAAUUAAUUCAUAUGUCCUGGGUGGGGCAUGCGACGGCA